AGAAGAUUAAAUCAUAAACGAAUUCAAAAAAAUGUAUUUCUUCUAUUUCGCAAAACUCUACAGUCAGACUCUCGAUUAUGUUGGAGUAUUUCGUAACAAAUCUGAUUGUUUACCAUCUCUUCUUCACUGCUCCAUUGUUUGUGCUACUUUAUGUUCCAACAACAUGUUGCAAAAGAAAACAGACGAAAAAACAUAAAUCGAGACAUCACAAGGGAAAAGGACAUGGAAAGAAGAAACAUUCAAAGACUCUCACUCCAACAACCCCAACCCCAGUCACUCCAAUGACCAUGACACCGGCUCCCAUCAUGUUUCCUACAGCUGCAAAAGUUCCUCAAACUCCUCAAUCGACGGAUUUAGCCGAGACAGGGGAUACCAAGCUGCCAAUACCUAUUGCUUCGACAAAAUCAAAAGAAAAUGUCACAGAUAAGAACAAGACAAGUGAGAAGGAACAGGAAAUUGGAGAGCUUUUGCGUUGCCGUGACUAUACCCCUGAUAACUUCGUCGAUCUGAAAUGGCUAUUCGAUUUGUUGGAUUAAAGAUCCUAUCCAUGUUUUUUGUAAUUAUUUAUUGUAUGUAGAAUACAUUUUUUGUAGUUUU